CUGGCUGGGAGCGGAACAGUCUGAAGUAGAGAGGCACCGUGUGGGACAGAAGUCACUGUGGAUACUUUUGAGGAUAAUACAAAGUUAUGAUAUUCUUUCCUUUGGACAAGGACUAAAUAUGGACUUUUGACUUUACUUUGGAUAUAUUCACCAUUUUUUUUUCCUGUUGCAACUGCAUUUAUUGUUCCAACACAGGAGAGAAGAACAUGAUCCAGUUUUUGGAAAACUCGCCACUCAAGGAUGUUUAGACGAAUGCAGCAACUCAACAAGGUGCUUGAAGAGGCUUUAAGAUGGCAGCUGUGACUCUGCCAGGCUGAGUAGCUUCUCAUCCCAGUGCUGUGGCACCCUCUGCUGUGUGGCCGUGGAAGGUCAGGACAGGGCAGGCAGCAUGGGGAACAUAUUCGAGGAGGGUAUGAACACUAUCAUCGUCAGCCACUACAACCACUCAGGGAAGUGGGACCGGCCCCGCAGUGGUGGGGCCUGUAAGACGGCUGUGCUGCUUUUCAUCUGUGUGCUGAUAGUUCUGGAGAACGUCACUGUUCUGCUCGCUCUGUGGAGGAACAAGCGUUUCCACAGCCGCAUGUAUUUUCUCAUUGGAAACCUGGCACUGUCAGACUUACUGGCUGGUGUGGCUUAUGUGGUUAAUAUCUUCACCUCAGGACGUAACACUUUCUUCCUGACGCCAGUGCAGUGGCUGGCCAGAGAGGGAAGCAUGUUUGUGGCUCUUAGUGCUUCCACCUUCAGCCUCUUGGCUAUUGGCAUAGAGAGACACAUGACAAUGGUGCGUCUGCGCCCCUGUGAGACAGCAGGUCGAGGUAGACUUCUAGCACUGUUGGUGGCCUGCUGGUUUGUGUCAGUGCUGCUCAGUGCUCUGCCCAGCCUUGGCUGGAACUGCCUAAAUAAUCUGGCUUCUUGCUCUACAGUGCUGCCACUCUAUGCUAAGAGUUACAUUGCUUUCUGCAUCAGUGUAUUCAGUGCCCUUCUGGUGGCUAUUGUCAUCCUCUACAUCAGGAUCUACCGCCUGGUGACCUCCAGUGGCCGCAGAGUGAGCAGCCGGCCCUCUGAGCGCUCUCUGGCCCUCCUACGGACAGUGGUUAUUGUUCUUGGGGUAUUUGUCAUGUGCUGGGCCCCCUUGUUUCUCCUACUCCUGCUUGAUGUUGGUUGCAGCCCAGAUAAGUGCCCAGUCCUCUACCAGGUGGACUGGUUCAUUGCCCUUGCUGUGCUCAACUCUGCCCUCAAUCCUUUAAUAUACACUCUAUCCAGCAGGGAGAUGAGAGCUGCCUUCUUCCGGCUGCUGUGCUGCUGUCAGACAAGCAUGGACUCCACAGGGACUCCUACGGCGGGCAACCCCCACCUGGGGACAGUCAUCCCUACAGCAGAAAACAGCAAGACCAGUUUGGGUGGAUGUGGAGGCAGUGGGGCUGGCAAGUCCACAUUGAAUCGAGUAAAGCAUUCCACACCUGUGAAUUGUGAUAACAAGCACGGAGAUCCCUCUGCCACCACUGUGCCACACCCCUCCGGACCUGCAGACCUGCUCUCAGCUGUGCUUGUGAAGGCAGGGGCGCUACCUCCCCUCAGCAAGUUCUGAAGCAGGUCACAGAAGCAAACACAAAGACUCUGUCCUGCUGUCAGCCACUUUUUUGUCUGUGCACUAUGGCUUGUAUCACAUAGGAAGAAUGUCUUAUCAAAUGACUCAGAACCAAAUAGGUCCAGACUGUAGAUUAAGUACAGUCAAAAUAAUUUAAAUACACUAAUCACAACAUUCAGUUACAUUAUUUCCAACACUAAAGUCAUUUAAAUUAUAUUGUGUCACAUAAUAAUUACGUUUGAAAACCAUGGAAAACAGGAUUGUGUCAGACAUAUGGUAGUUAAAUCUGUGUGUAAUUAACUUUACAAGUGUUAUUUUAUUUGUUUAUUAUUUUAUAGGUGGACACAAGCAAAUUGUGGCACUUUUUUGCAUGUGUAUAUGCUGAAAUUCCUAGAAUACCUACAUUUUUUCUUCAUGCUUAGGAUUGAUCAACUAUUUAUUUUCUGUGAAAACAUUUGUCACCUUAAUAGUAUAAAAUUAUACAUUUUGCUUUGUGUGCAUAAAAACCAUCAAGGUACUCUGACUUUAUUAUUGACUAUAUCAUGAAUUAUAUGAAUUAUUUGUGAUGCACUGUGAGAAAAAAUGUUAUAUUGCAAGACUAGUGGCCUCAUGAGGCUGUGAUGCUCAUUAGACACCGUAAAACAAAACUCUUAAGUGGGAUAAAAACGGCACUGCUAUUAUUAGAUUCUUACCACUAGUGGGCAAGAGCUUUACAUUUGUCCUGAUGGUGGUGCUGCAGGAGAAGUGUUUUUAUGUUAAAUCAGUAAGGCUCGACUUCUGCACUGCUCAGCUUUUCAAUACCACUUCUGGUUUACUUUUCAUCAGUCUCAGCUCUACUCAGCGACACUACAAGCUGAAUUAGCACAGCUAAUAACUUACAUUCAUAAAAAUAUCAGCCUCUUACCAGCACAUGUAGAAACCACUCACACGUUAACUAACCACUAGUGAUUAAGAGUGUUGGAUGUGAAUUAUUUGAUGGUGGUAGUCUGUAAAUGACUUUUCUGCCAAGGGUGAUGUAGUGCCUGAUAUGGUUAAAUAGCAAAUAAAAUUUUAUGCCCUUUUAUCACA